CAACAUACUUUAAAACCAAGAAUACACGAUGGGAUCCGCUUAUACUAUCUUUGGUAAACAAGUCUCCUCUCACUGGAUUGCCAUUGCAACACUAUCCGCCGCUCUUGGUCUUGGUGUUGUGUCCUCAUCUGGAUCUAAGGCCGAGGCCUCACCAAAGGCCACUCCUGUUCCAGCUGCUCCGGUUGCUGAGAAGAGUGAAGACUUUGAUGUUGAGAAGUUGUUGAAUGACUUCUUGAAGGAUGACGAGGAAAAGAAGUGAACCCUUCCCCCACACUCUAAGUAUAUCCAAUCUGAUGCAUCG